AAAGGAAAAGAAGGAACUGAACUUUAGAAAUGAUUUCAUAGAAGAGUGGGUGAACAUCUGCAAGGCGGCUAAGGCUAAGGUCCGGACAGAAUGCAAAGACUUGGAUUUUGGAGAACAAUGCAGUCAUCUUGAGAAGGAAGCAGUGAACGUGUCGUUGGGUAACCUAUUAACCUAUCCAUUUGUAAGGGAAGGUGUGGUGAAGAAAACUCUGUCGCUUAAGGGAGGGCACUACGACUUUGUCAAGGGAGCCUUCCAGCUCUGGAACCUCGACUUCAACCUGUCUCCUUGUCUAUCACUAUGAGCCACACCAGCAUUGUUAAUUCAUGAUUCUUCAGAUCAAAUGUUGUAAUUUCUUGGUGUUGAAUAAAAUGAGUUUACUUUCAAAAUGUGCGCAUUGUGUAAACUGUAAAGUGACUUGUAAUAACAAGGAAAUGAGUUUUGGAAUGAGAUUAACUUUUAUGCA